AUGACCGAAGCAAGCAGAGGUGGGCUUUUUGGCUCAUGGGGGAUUUCUCCGUCUCUGCCGAUUGCUCUAGUUGCCAUAUGUGUCCUUCUCUACCGACUCUAUAUCCGACAUUUCCCAAAGCCCAUUCCAGGCAACAUCCCUUACAAUAUACUGUCGGCAAGACGGCUAAUCGGCGAUUCACUGGACAUCCGGCGGUACCAAAAGACAGGGGAUUUCAGGCGUUUCUUCCACGAUCAUAAUACGAAGCUGAACACCUCUAUUUCUCAAGUCUUCAUGUUCCCAUACCCCAAACCGUUUGUGCUUUUGACGGACUUUCGUGAAUCAUAUGACAUCUUGUCAAAGAGACACCGAGACUUUGAUAGAAGCAAAAGAAAUGCAGACAUUUUCGGAACUAUUGGAACAAACUUUCAUCUUGCUAUGCAGACACGAGAUCCACGAUUCAAGGGAAAUAAAGAGCUUGUAAGGGAUUUGAUGACACCGGCAUUCCUCAAUGAGGUUUCUGCAGUACACAUUUACGACAUCGCCACUGUGCUGGUUGAUAUGUGGUCAUAUAAAGUUGCUCAAGCUGCUGGACGCCCGUUUUCUGCGUACGAGGACCUUCACUAUGUUGCUCUUGACAUUAUUCUUGCAGCGGCUUUCGGCAUUCCCCUUGAGCAAUCAACAACUCAGAAGCAGUAUGAGUUUUUACAGCUUCAGUCAUCUAAAAUUAAAUCAGCAGGCUCCAAAGCUGAUCCAGUCACCUAUGACCGCACUCCGAUAGCUGAAUCCCGUACGGCUCUGAUGAAGGUGACAGGAACCGUGGUGGUGGGAUAUAAAUCUCCAUUCCCUCGCCUCCAUCAUUGGAUUUUGAGAAACACAAUUUGGCGCAGAGAUUUUGCUCUGAAAGAGGCAUUUAUUACAGAUGAAAUUAACAAGGGUGUUGAGAGGCUGACUUCGGAGAACUCGCAAGAGAAUCGCAUGCGAUGUGCGAUGGACAUGAUGCUCCUAAGGGAACUUGGCUACGCGAAGAAGGAAGGGAGAAAGCCAAACAUCAACGCGCCUAGGAUGAGAGAUGAGUUAUUCGGCUACGUAGCUACCGGACAUGACACCUCAUCCACAACGCUCUCGUGGAUCACGAAAUUCUUGGCCGAUAAUCAGAGUGCCCAAGCCAAGCUUCGUCGUCAAUUACGCACGGCCUUUGCAGAAGCUCAUGCCGAAAAACGCCAGCCAACUGUGAUGGAGAUUAUCGAAAAGCCAGCACCUUUCCUCGACGCCUUCCUGGAGGAGUGUUUGCGAAUGACAAAAACUAUCCCCACCAUUUUACGUGAGGCCUUGACCGAUGUCACAAUAUUAGGUCAUCUAGUUCCCAAAGGCACCAGUAUUAUGAUGUAUAACCAUGGGCCCGGAGGACAAUUGGAGUCUGGAUUUAACAUUCCUGAGGCUGUCAGGUCCGAGACGUCACAAAGCUCAAAGGACCGUGUAGGAGAAUGGAAUCCUGACGAUAUAAGUCGCUUCCUUCCGGAAAGGUGGCUACAACGAACAGCGGAAGCGAAAUCCGACGGCGAAGGUGACGCAGAAUUCGAAGGAAUCGAAUACAACGCCAAUUCCGGGCCUUUCUUAACAUUUGGUGGUGGACCCCGAGGCUGUUUUGGAAGGAAAUUAGCAUACAUGGAACUGCGAAUUGUGAUGGCCAUGCUGGUAUGGAAUUUCGAAUUUCAGCCUUGCCCUGCGGAACUCAGCUCGUACGAAGGCAUUGACGCAGCAACUGUUGUGCCAAAACAAUGCUACGUAAGAUUGAAGCAGCUGUUGUAG